CAAUCACUAUUGCGUUUUUCUUUCCCAGCCGCCGCACACGUGCCGACUGCCGAGAUUUGUGAUAUUUUUACAAAUAAUUUUCUUUGCACGUUGCGUUUGAUUUCUUACAGAUUUAUUCUAACAAGUAAUCAAAUUACAAAGAUCCACUAAUUAGGACAUCGUAUUUUAUCAUUACAGCCAACAACCCCAGGUUCAUGGCAAUGGUAUCAACAGAAAAUUUGAAUGGCAGUGGGGCAGAAGCACCCACUGAAGUCCUGCCUGCUUUAGCUGAGAAACCGGCUGGCUUGCCUCCGGGCAAGUAUGCCCUUGUGGGAUGGGAUAUGGACACUACUGGACGCAGGUUGAUUGAUGAAAUAUGCCAGAUAGCAGCAUACACGCCGAAGCAGUCGUACUCACAGUACAUAAUGCCGUACGGGGACUUGAACCCCGGCGCGCGGCGACGCCAUAACGUGAGGGUUGUCACCGUCGGCCGCUACCGCAUGCUGAAGGAUACUAAUACUCAUAAGAUAUUGAAAACCAAAUCAGAAAUAUCAGCGCUGACAGACUUCCUGGACUGGCUGGAGAAGGAGAAGGGAGACGGCAGUGUCAUACUCAUCUACCACGAGCCGCGCCGGCUCAGCCCUACCAUGCUAUUGGAAGCUUUUACACGCUACAAGCUGCUGGAUCGCUUCAAGUCGAUCGUGGCCGGCUUCACGGACAGCUACGCCCUGGCGGCCGACAAGUGCAAAGCGACAGUAAAGUCGGUCUCGCUGCGAGUGCUGGCGCGAGUGCUGCUGGACGCGGAGACGCUGUCGGUGGACAGCGCACUCGACAGAGCCACCGCCGCCUACAGGAUCGUCGAGCAUCUUGCACAAGGAGAGCAGCAGGAGGUAGGAGCGGGCGGCGAAGGUACCACGGCCAGCAAGGACAUGGUGGAGACAGCGCGACUGUGGGCGCGGCCCGUACAGACGGAGCUGGAGGCUCUGGCUAGCUUAAAGAAACUAUUAGAGAGACAGAACACGUUCCGGCCGGUGUUCGCGCCUCUGCUACGUCAGCCGCGACCGGAGCGCAAGCGCGUCACGCAGCUGCGGCGACUGUUGGCCGACGCGGGCUUGCUCUACGACCAAGUGAAGGAUGCGUGGCAGGAUCAGAACUGCGCUGGCGUAGAAAAACUGUUGAAGAACCUAACUAUAUCUGCAAAAUCUGAAGACAUUCAAGAGUUACUCACAAUCUUCGAUUGCCAUUUCGAUCCUAACAAGGAACCUAUCAUUCUCCAGCCUACAGUUAAUCGCGGCAGCAGACCUAGGGCCACGUCUUCAGCGGGAGAGACAGGCGAGGCUACCGGCAGCACGAGCGACUCUCAAAAGACAUCCACCCAGAAUUCACCCAACAAGACUAAUAAUGAAAUUAAGCAAGAAAUUACAACAGAGCCCAGCCAACCGGCGGCGGCGGCGGCCAACUAACGCGCCGCGAGUGAACGCGACAAGCUUACACUUUCUCACAUACUAUCGUUUAGUACUGUAACGGAGCCAUAGCAUGUGACUAAACAUUUAUUCGUAUUAUACAUUUAGAUUAAGUCUCCUUUGGAAUUGAAAGAGGUUUGUUUUGCAAGCGUCGGUGAGCGAGUUACAAGUUUUAUUUUAACUUAGUUGUUAACCUUCCAGUUUUGUAUUUUAUUUGUUGGCUUCACGCGUAAAGUUUUUAUAUAUACAUGGAUAGACGAUAAUUGUAGUUGAGUGCCUUAGCAACUCAGUGUUUUAAGGGAGUUUUUCACACUUUUGUGUAUUGUAAUAAGCCUGAGAUAACGUUUUGUUGUUUUAUAUGGAAGCUCAGUGAAUGGAGUCUUGUCUGAGGUUGGAGGAGGAUCGGGUGUUGCAAAGUAUCAUAAUAUGUUUUAUAUAUAUGUCGCUGAUAUAGAGAGGAUAUUUAUUAUGUUACUACUGGACUUUUAAAUAGAAGUACAAUAGUAGUACUCAUUAUUUAUUAUUUUAAAAUAAAGCGGUUAUUUUUUUACGGCGUGCAAUCACAUGGAAUGGAUGGACUGAUUUUUACAUCCACUGUUUUAAAGGUUUUAUUCUUUUUAUCAUUUUGCAUAAUAUUUUAGGCUGAAUAAUGCAUUUUUUGUUUCUAUAUCGAUACUAAUUAGCUGUCGCAUGUCAUUUUCUUUUGCCAUAGAACAAUUCUAUAAGAUUAAGUUUCCUUACCAUACAAUAAGCUACGCGUAAUGAAAGUGUGUACCUAUUAACUUACGUCUAAUUUAGUUAGUUUUAACAUAGACUGUACAUAUAAUUUAAUUUCUUAUUUUGUUCAGAUCUCUAAUAAAUAUGUAAGUCUAA